UCCAGCCUUCUGGCCCGGCUCCAGGGCUGACCCGCACACAGAUCGUGUGGGCACGCCACGGCUUUUCCCUUCAUGUGGGAGCUGCCAGCUCAGUGUCCCAAGGGCAGCCAGACCCCCCUGCAGCUGUGAGGAUGCAGACCUGCCUGAGCGUGCCCUAGCAGUGCCUCCCACAUCCAGGCCUUGAGGUGUGCCCAUGAGGGCAGUGCACGUGAUGGUAACUUCUUGUGGGUGUUUGCUUGUAGUUGUGGACACAGAGAGUGCUCUUUCAGCCCCUGAGCGAGGGGCAGAUACCGUGCUGACUCCGAGCUGGUACCUCAAGCGUGAGUAGUCAGUCUGUCCUGCCUUCACAAAAAGGAGCGCCCCUUUUCCCUGUUUUAUUCACGAGAAAAAUACCGUCAUAGGUUAACGUGCUUUUGUAAAUCUAACAAUAGGGAUGAAGGAUGACAAGGUUCCUGAAGAGUUCCCUGAAGGAUUGCCGGAUGUUCCAGAGGAGCUCCUGGCAGCCUUGCAUGAAGCCCCAUCUGAGACAGAUUCUGAGACUGUGCCGGAGACCUUAGCUGUGGAAGAAAGUGACAGUGUGCCAGGCUCACAUGAAAAAAGAGAACCAACAGAGGACACCAGGACACUUGCUGAGCCUGAGGAAUAUUCAGGGUCAUCCGGUGGGCAAAAAGCCCAGACUGCUGGACACUGUGACCCGAGCAAGUACUACAUCCUAGUAGGGACAGUAGCAGCCUCAGCUUUGCUUCUGCUUGGGGCAGUGUCUGGCUAUCUAGUCAUGCAUCAGCUGCUGAAGAGAGACAGGAGGAGCCAGGAGGACAAAGAGGCAACAGGACAGGACUGGGACUCUUCCUGGGAAAGCUGUGGUCAGCCUAGAGGUGAAGCAGAGUCAGGAGAAGGAGCAGGAAGCAGCGAGAGAGCCCAAGGCAACGGGUUCAGGGACAGCUGCCGCCUGUUUCCUGAGCUCUUUGCAGCAGAGCUCGCCCAGCUGCACAAGAACAUGAGCGCAGACCCGUCACCUCUGCCCACCUGCUCCUUCUGUGCUCUGGCUGACAACGCCUCUUCACGGGACCACUGGAUUUCCCUGGAGUCACCUCAGCCCACAGCAUCCUCUUGGCUCUCCUACCAAUACCUGCAGGACUACUAUCUGUUAGAGGAUGAAGAUUAGUGAUAGUGAUAGAUGGUUAGUGAUAGUGAUAGCCAUAAAUAGUGAUAGUGGUAGUGAUUCUUUUAGUGAUAGUGAUAGGGACACUUGAUAUUAGAGGGUGGUGGUUGUUUUAAUGAUAGUGAUAGUUAAUAUUAGAGGAUAGUGAUGGUUUUAAUGAUAGCGUUAGUUAAUAUUAGGGGAUAGUGAUUGUUUCAAUGAUAGCGUUACUUGAUAUUAGAGGAGGGUGAUUGUAUUAGUGAUAGUGAUAGUCAUAAAUAGUGAUAGUGGUAGUGAUUCUUUUAGUGAUAGUGAUAGGGAUACUUGAUAUUAGAGGGUGGUGGUUGUUUUAAUGAUAGUGAUAGUUAAUAUUAGAGGAUAGUGAUUGUUUUAAUGAUAGCGUUAUUUGAUAUUAGAGGACAAUGAUUGUAUUAGCGAUAGUGAUAGUUAAUAUUGGAGGAUGGUGAUUGUUUUUGUGAUAGUGGUACAUUUAGUGAUAGUGAUACUUGGUAUUAGCAGACAAUUAUUGUUUUCUUGAUCUUGAUAAAUAAAUAUUUUUCCAAAAGCAGUAA